GGAGGAGGGGAGGGAGGCAGAGAAAACCAGCAGGCAGGCGUUAAAGCAAGCCAGAGUGGGAGUGAGGGACCACCAGAAAGUAGGGUGGAGGGUAAAAGAGAGAGAGUGCAAGUGUGUGUCAGAAGGGGAAAGGACAUAAAGGCAGCCAGAGAAACCAGAGGGAAGCAACCCUGUGGAAGCAACGGAGUGUUGGAUAAUGGAGGUGCAGUCGGAUUGUGUGGAGCCUCCUGUGGCUCCACAGUGUGACACACAGCCUGCAGGGAAGAUCAACAAAGCAGCCUUUAAACUCUUUGGGAAAAGACGCACUGGCUCUGGAAUGGCCAGCUUCUUCUCCUUCAGGAACAAAGCUGCUGCAAACGGUGGGAACAAUGGGAAUUCUGACAACGGGAAUUCUUUGAAUGGAAACAGCUCGGCGGCAUCAGCAGAGCUUGUGAGGAGCAAAACACAUGACGGGCUAACAGGCUCCAACAACGAGGCUGUGGGUCAGAGAGGGGAGGGCCUUACUAGCCUGGAGGCAGGGCCGGUAAGGUCGCUCAGCAAAUCGUUGAGUUUCUUUUCCUUUCUCCGACGUGGGAGUUUUAGGACAAGUGAAAAUGGUGGGACAGGAAUUGUGAGAAGAGGGAGGGGCCUGAAGGGCUUUUUCAGCAGCAUGCGAUGGAGGCGUAAAGUGAAAACAAACGAGGCUGAGGGAGAAGAGGUGGAAGGUAAGAAAGCAAGGGACACAGAUGCUACAGAAUCUGAGACCCCCAAGGACAUUACUCUUACCCUUGAGCCACCUCCGCAUCAUCACCAGGAGGACUGUGCAAGUGCAGAGACAGGAUCUAACCUACAAGCAUCAGACACUCCCACCACUAGUGUUACCAUGACACCCACACACUGUGUUGCCAUGCCAGGACCAUCUGGUGAGCCAGACUCUCCUUUUCCUUACACACCCACCGACUCACCACUGCGCCCAUCUAUUCAAAAAGCCAAAGCUUCAAUAUCUAGCCUCACCCCGUCCCUUACUACACCCCCUUUGGACCGCUGCAGCAUAGGUGACCAACCCUCGGAGCCCUCUGUAGAUCGACUCUGCUCCAUCCUUUUCACUGAUGUCACAUCUCUGAAGAGCUUUGAUUCACUGACUGGCUGCGGUGACAUUAUUGCUGAUGCAGAUGAGGAAGGACCAGGGGGUAAUGGUGGCAGUGGAACGAGUAGUAGUAGCAGUGGAGGUGGAGGAGGGAGUCUGAGCACAAAUGUUGGGAGAGCUGUUGGUUUAACCAGUGCAACAACUCAUGCUUCCCCAACCAAACCUCCAAUACCUUCACAGAUUACCCAGCCUAUGUUCUCCGUUCCCCAGAGUUCGGCACCUGUCUGUCUCCCUGCUCGGACCCGAGUGCCUCCUCCACCACAGCAGCAUUCUGCUGGAAGUGGUGUAGUGGCCUACAUGGGAGGAGGGGAAGAAAUGGCAAGUCCAGAAGGAGUGGACGAUGCAGACAUGCAGGGACUUUGGCACAUGUUGCCUUCUGCAGGAGAAAGCUCCCCUGCGUUGCCCCGGCAGUACCAGCCUUCUUCCAGUACCCUUACUUCCACUUAUCCCCCUCGCAGCAACUCCCCCAGUGCACUUCGUCCCUCAGCUCAAAGAAGCGCAGAGAGAAAAGCUCCUCAGGUGAAGUCGCUGGGCCUCAGCAAGAUUCCAGUGGUUGGUGGAGCAGGAAGCCGGGCAGGUAAACCCCCUCUGCCUCAUGCACAUGGCCGCCAUCCUGUAUCACCUGGUGAAAAAGAACUUCUCAGUGACGAAGGUUACUGGGAUACUCCCUCAGCAACACCUACAGCAACUCCUGAUGAGAGUGGGUUGCAGCGUAACCAGAAGAUUGCCCUAUCACGCGAUAGCUGCUCGGGAGACCACCUUUAUGACUUGUACAAUGAUCCUGAAGAGGAGGGAGAAGAUCAGAGGGGAGACAAUGAUGUGAACAGUACCCCCUCUCCAUCUGCAGAAUUCAAAAUGAGUCCCACCUCCCAAAAAAGUUCCCUUUCAACCUCCUCUUCCUCUUCCUUUCAAUCAUUGAAAGGCAGCGCCAGCCUUCCCCGAGACUCCAAGAUCCCAGUAAGUAACAGACAGACCUCGCCUCCCCACUCUGUAAGCCAGUCUGCUCUGUCCUCUGUACUGGAGGCAGAAACCCCUCCGCCAAAGACCCAUGCACCCCAACCAGCCCGCACCAGAAUCCCUGUGUCAAAGGUGCCAGUUCGCCGUUCUGGAAGCAAACCUGCCACCAGCACAAGUGGAGGAGCUGCAUCCAAGAAGUAGAUCUUUUUGACAAACAUUUAAGCUUUGCCUUCUAAGAUAUAGUACAGGACUGGUUGCUCAGAGCCAAAAGUUUCCUGUGUUCAAGAAAAUGUGGAGCUGUAGAAUCAUCAGCUUAAAAAUUGCAUUCAGAUCUUAGAAUUUCCCCUAGAUUCCUUUCGGUCAGCUGGACAAUAAUCAGUGCUUCUGACACAAAGACACUCAAAAAAGCUGGUUUCAUACAUGACUGACCUUACUCGCACUUUGGAGGCUGACUAUUGACAAUCCCUCUUCACAGAGACAAUUCAUUCUUCAACUUCAAGUUGUCGGAAAAAGCUACUGACCUGUUGAAUUUGACAGUUACUUUGAGAAAAGAACAGAGCACCUUUUUAUCUUUGACAUUUUUGUAUGGAAUUCAAUGUGACAUCAUUCAGUUUGAUAGGACCUAAUUCAAUCAAGGUUUUCUGUUAUAGUUUUUUUUUUAUUUUUAAUCUGUCUAAUUUGUUAUAAAUUACCUCCUAAUGUUGUGAUUUUAGAGCCAAAGCUAAAGAAAAAAAAACAAACUCAGAAAGCUUAGAUUUUUUUCCUGUUAACUUCUGGAACAGACUCAACAAUAUGCUUUUUACUGACCUUCGCUUUUUAAAAACGGUAUUCUCUGGACCGCUCACUGAUUUCAAAACUGUAUGUUUUAGAUUUACAAAUACAAAUACAACUGAUGCAGUUUUAUAACUUACUUACUUUGCAGCAAAAAAGCUACACUGGAGAAAGCCACACAAUAUCUAUUUUUCUUUUGGAGACGUCCUCUUUUAUGGGCUUGUUCAUUUUGGCAUGUUUCAUUGUGUGGAUCCCACUUCUACCACACAACUUCAAUGACAUACGUUAUUUGAAUUUCUCUGGGAUUUACACUGAUUUCACUGCUAAUGUAAACCUAUAAAGUCUUUGCAAUAUAACACACUGAGAGAUCCUUUGCACUAAUGCAUCUUCAUCCAAUGCAACCUAAGCAAUUCAACAUUCAGAAUAAAAAAACAAAAAAAAACAUGCACGCUCAUAUUGUCAGUUGCUCUCUGCAUGCAGUGCACCAGAGGCACAAAAGUCAGGGAAGAUCAUGUAGAGAUGAAAAGAUUUUUGGCAUGCACACUGUACUACGUUUGUCAUUCUCUUCGUAGCUUACACUGGUUAACUUUUUCCUUCAAGGACACGUGAAAAAACCCCACAAAUUUUCUAAGUAAAUAUUUUUUUUAUCAUGUUUUCAUACUUUUUUAUAGACUACUAUGUGAAAAAAACUGCUCAGAUCUCAAACUGUGAUUGCAUCAGUGUCUUAGAGCAACUUCCUCUGUUUCUGCUUUUUUCUUUUUUUUGAAAGUUUUGAUGUAACCGAAUGAUAAGGAGGUAUUAUUUCUACAUGCCAGCCAUUUUUAAAGAGCUAAGACAGAAUGCAAAGCAAACUAGUGAGUUGGCCUUCACUCUUCACCUGCUAACUCUUCUGCUGAUGCUGUAUAAUAUGAUUUCACGAUCCACCGCAGCUGUUUGUAAAUCUGAAUGUAGCUCAAUAUCAUCAGAGAUCCUUUACUCUGUAUUUAAAGGUGAUGAGCGCAAGGCAAAAGCCAAAUUUGCCUAUUUUCUACCAACGCUUUGGAAGACAAACGACUGCUUAGUGUGUCUAGCUUUGCAAAACAACACGUUUAUAAGCGAGGGGCUCGGUUGUGGUUUUCUGAAGCAUUUGUCAGAUAUUCAGAGACAUAUGUUAAAAGCAUAAUCUUUUUUUUACUUUCAAAACAUAGGGACAGUGUUGAUAAUUGAGAGGUCAUGUUGAUUGAAGUUAGAAUAUUACAGACAUUAAAGUGACAGGUUUGGUAGCAAAGCACCUUUUUAAUGUCAGAUAUUUUCAUAUGUUUGAUAUGUACCUUAAUGUUUUCCAUUAUUUACUUUGUUGAUAUGGACCUAAUCUAAUCAAACUUUAUUGUUAUUAUUAUUGUUUUUUUUUUUUUAGGGUUUUUGCAAUUGAUCUUGGAACAUAUGGUAGUCUAUAAGUGUCACAAAUCAACAAAUAAAUCAUUAAAUCAUUGUGAAAAGUGUCCAUAAUUUAUAUCAAAUUUGAGACAUAAACUAUUAUUUAGUUUAAUAUAUAUGACAUUAAAUAAUUCAUAGCUAGUCAUGAAUUGAUUUCCAUCAAAAUGAGUGCAGAGGGACCAACAUGGUUUUACUCCAUUGGUCUUAAGUGGACUGAGUGCAGGUUAAACAAUCUGAAGUUGAGGUCUCUUUGAUAAGCCACACUCCUCACUGUAUUUCAGCAAGUACGCAAAGAAAAACUGAAAAAUUUAGAAAUUAUUAUAUAUAAUUUUAAUUACGUGAAAUCUUAGGCAGAUAAUUGUUUUAAUCAUUUGCAAAUUUAUAUACUAUGGCUUAAAUUAUUUAUUUGUAUACUAAAUUUAUUUUUCAUGAAUGGGUUAAAUAAUAAUUUAAUGAUUUAUUUCAUUUUGUCACUGGGAAGGAUUAACCGUCCUGUGGUCAUAGCACAGCGGUCGUACAGUGGGGAAGCGGGUGGGGGAUUGUCCUGUCAAACCGUCAGUUCCUGAAACCACUGAUACACAAAAAUAACUUGGAAAAGCCCAAACCGAUCACAGGGUAAAAACAUUGUGGGUUACAAAUGACCUCAUCCUUUAAGACCAUGGAAAGGUUAAUCUAAAGCCACUUGGAUUAAUUUAACUAUUCUCAUCUCAAGCAAAUCAAAUUAGUUCACAGAUUCCCCACCCAUGUUGUGUUUUUCCCUUUAAUUUAUUCUUAUUCCUUAUGUUAUUUUCAAAUCUCACGUUUCCUAAAAUGAUGAUUUGCAACAGUUUAAGUAGAGGAUAGGGAUAGUUUUAACAAAAAUAUCUAUUUUACCAAAAAGGUUCUCUGAUGUAUUUCACAUGAACAUAAAAACGACCCUACAUCUACUCAUAAUAUCAAUGUUAAAAACAAACAAAUGUAGAUGACUGGGAACUGAACUUGAACUGACUGUUAAAAAUGAUUUAUCCUUCUUAGCUCAUCUAAUUCUGUUUUCCCAGAGCCUGAGUUUCAGUCAAACUUGUAUGACAUGAUACCCAUUUCUUUGAUCUGACAUGUACGCACUCCUGAGGCAGCCGAACCACUGCCAAAUUGAGUUCCAAGUAUUUAUUGCAGCCUGAAACGUUCUCUCUUUCUCUUCGUAAAUAUCAGAUUUCGUGCAAGAGUUGCAGCAGGAAAAAAAUAAUUCAACAAACCCAGCAAGUUGUUUUUCCCACUGUGUCACUGUUUUUCUGUUGGCAGUGCCACACUGUUGUACCAUCUGUUUUUCAUUAAUUAAACUGUUUUUGCACUAAUA